ACCAAAAUAUUAAUUCAAUUUCUCACAAAAUAAGUGAUAAAUGUUGAUGUGUGGUAAAAAUGGGUAGAAUUUGUGCAGUACCUCAUUGUUACACAGGAUACAGAAAAUGUACAGAUAAAGUUUCAUUAUAUAAAGUUCCCAAAAACGAUCUCUUCUUAACUAAAUGGCAGGAAGCUAUAUCUCGUGAAGAUAGACCAAUUACACCAAAAGAUUACGUAUGUGGAAAACACUUUAAAGAAGAUGACAUUCUCAGGAGAAGGAUAAUAAAGGAUGUUGUAGAAGAAUAUCAAAGACCGAAAUUAAAACCUGACGCUAUACCUUCAAUAUUCCCAGAAUUACCCGAGUUUAUAUUAAAAAUGACUAAAAAACGUCGAAAAUAGCAGUUUCCGAUGAAACUGGCAAAGAAUUAAUUAUAAAAACUAAACCGGAAAUAAAUAUACAAGAAUUUGGGAAUACCAUUAAUACUGGAGAAAUUGAUAUAAAAACUGAAGUUGAGGAUCUGCAGGAAUGGGAGGAGGAUGUUUUGAAAAAAACAUAACCCCACAAACGACGUAUCGAUACCAAAAAAACAAAAAUUAAGAAGUUACAAGGCACUUUCAAAAAGUUCUGUAGUUGUAUGCAUUAAAAGUGGACUUGAUGUGAAUCAAAGAUUAAAAAAAUAUCUUAAAUGUACCAAGUGUUACUAUAAAGCGUAUUCGAAAGCUUUACUGGGUAAACAUUUAAUGAAACAUCAAAUUACAUCUGAAAAAAAUAGUACAAAGGAUGAAGAUGUAAAACCAGUUGAGAAUUUUAGUUCUGUGGUUAUCAAAAAAGAAUAUAAUGAAAAUUUCACUGUUGGUAAACAAUAAAAGUAUCAAAAGUAGGUUAUUUUCUGUAUUUAGUGUGAAAUAAUGUAUACAGUGUUAUCGAAAAGUAAAGAAAUUGAUAUAUUC